CCAGUUUUUGCUGCGCCUAAUAUAUCAUUACCCUUUAAAGCUAAUCCAAUACUUUGUCUUUGUAUAUCCGUUAAUUCAAUAUAAUUAUUUUCUUUCAAUCCCUUCAAUGUUUUAUUCGAUAAUGGCAUAUCAUUAAAUUUUUUUAUUUUAGUUUCAUCAAUCUAAAAAGAAACAUAAUUUUGUAAUUAAAUGAGGGAUGAUACAUUAUGGUUAAAAUCAAAUGUCAGACUUACAUUAUUGUAUUUUGAUCGUAGAUCUUCAAUAAUUUUACUUUCAGGUAUUUGUCGUUUUUUCUUAUAUAUUUUUACCUUCUCCUUUGUUUUGUGAGCCAUUAUAUGUGAAUUACUGAUUUUUCAUCUAUAAUAAAUAACCAUGCCUUUUCAUACACCUUAUAGAUAGGUUAUAUCAAACAACACGAAUGAACCAAAUUGAAGCAAGUCGAGCGUAGAAAAACCGAGUAGAACCGAGUAGAGCCGAAUCGAGCCGAUUUGAGUCAACCAAUUAGCUUACGAAUAUUUCAGAAAAUCAAAAAUUUCUUUAUUGAUACUAAUUGUAAGACUAAAAAGAACAAUUUUCAUCAACAAAAAGUAUUGUAUGGUUAAAAAUGUAUAUAUUAUAAUUAUUAAUAUAGGGCCAUAUGUGAAAAGAAUUUUUUUCUUUUGUAAAAUAUACGCAAUAUAUUUUGUCGAAGAUCUACUAGAGUUCUCGACGCUAUAGGUUAUUUCACCGCGUUAACGCGAAUAGUUUGCAUUGUAUUGUUGCAACAUUGACAAAGUGUAAUAAUUGUGCUCAUCUAUGUAAAUAACAAACAAAUUUUUUUUAAUAUUAUUAUGUGCAAUAUUAUAUUAUUUUUUAUUUAUGGUUUAUAAUUUGGUGACAAUAAAAUGUCUGAUGAAAAAAUGUUGAAAACGAACAUGGAAACAAACUCGUCUUCCGGAGAACCCGUGACGCAGCAAAUAAACAACGUAGAAAUGCCACCACGAUCUAGAGGUGGUCGAGGUUCGAGACAAAGAGCAGUGGACAACAUAACCAAAAAAUUUCUUCGAAAUUUCGAUCCUGAACGUAGCGAAAGAGAAAAACGUAAAUUACAUCGUCGUUUGUAUCAAGGAAGUAAACGUCACACCUUGUACAACGAUCAAGGUAUUUGGGUCAUAACUGGAGACGAUUUAUGUGAUUGUUUAAGUUUGGAUUGCGCGGGAUGUCACUUUCCAUGUCCUAAAUGUUCUUCUACAAAGUGUGGCCACGAGUGCAGGAACAAUCGCAAAUGGACUUACGAUACGAUCGAAAACGAAGGCAGUGACGUUACAACGAAAAAUCCAGUUCUCAAAGAAACUUAAAUAAAUAUGAGGUCGUACGUGUGUGCGGUAGGUCGGCCGACGAGGAGGUUUGAGUCACUCCUAAACGUGGAAAGGGGACCCCGAAAGACGGGGGUUUAUAUCAUCGGGACGGCAGAUGUCAGGAUGCCGGAGCAGAGCAACGACUA